UGUAUGGGUGUGGCUGCUAUAAUUUUGUGCAAGGAAGGAAGAGAUGACUUCAACUGAUUUUUUCGUUUCUCUGUCAAUAUACGACCCAAAGAACGGGCGGCACGUCUUCUUUAAGACAGACGGCAAGAGAUUCGAGGAGGACCGGACGAUAAAGAUAAGCUGUGACGCUAAGUAUGACCUGACAGUCACAGUGAGACCUCCGGGGAUUGAAAACCUGACCCUAUUGAAAUUACGAAUGGGGUCGGACGAGAUUACGCCAGACAAAAAAACUGAAGAAUCCAAGGGAAUAAUUUACUCACUGAGCUGGUUCACUAAUGGAUACAAGCCAACAAAAAAAGGAGCAAGAAAUGAUCUCCGAAUUGGAUUUAAGUUUGCUCAAGGUGAGCUAAUCUUCCCUGCACAGGUGAAGUUCUAUCCAUUGAGUGACAGUACUCAUGUUGUCUGGGGAACGGUAAUGAAAUCUAUUGAUUUGGAGUCUACAGGAAACUUUCAGCCAGGAGCAUCCCCACAUCAAAGAUUUCCUUUGAAGAGAGCUUCAAUCAAAUAGACUUAUAUAACAAACAUCAUUUUUGUGUAGAAAUGAAAUUAUUAUUAUCAUUAUUAUUAUUAUUAUUGUUAUUAUUAUUAUCAUGCUGUGUUUAUUGAUCUAAAACUUGUA